AUGGUUUCGCUCUUGGCGAAGCCAAAGGGAGACGAGAAGGAAAUUCAGCAGUUUCGGAAGAAGGUCGCAGACGACAGGCGCACCAUGAACGCGUUGCUUCAACAGCGACUUCAGCGAGCUGAGAAAGCCAAUGCCUGCCGUCAAAACGAGAUGUCCGCCCUGAUCACCGAAGCGCUCACAAAGCCCAACAAGUCCACUUCGCACGAGUCCAUGACCUUUGCAAACACAAAGAUUGCCGGUAACGUUAUCUACCAUUCGGUGGGCAAGGUAGACGCAGCAUGCCGGAGCAUGCUAUCUGAGUACGACGCUCUAGAGGCGAUUAUUGACAGACUAGCGGGGGACAACAAGAACGAAGUGUUGGAGAAGUGGAUGAAAGACGUUGAGGAAACCGAGAGGCUCCUCAGGCUGGGUCAUAAGACGGCAGUGAGACAUGUCAAGAGGGUCCUGGGUGCUGAGACCAAAGGUGAUGAUACUGAAGGCGAGGGGACAUUGUUUGAUGACACAGAGGGAGGGGAGAAAGGAAUAGGCGUGCACAAAGAGCUGAGCCUGGAGCUGCUGGAAGGAUUGAGAUACGCAGAGAGGGGCGUUAAGCGGAUGGUCAAAGGUCUCCCCAAGACCGAGCCUUGA